UGUGCCUGGGGUGCUUUUGGCUGUCGCUGUGUUUCCAGGCUGGGGCGGGGAUGUCAGCGCAGGGCGGCGGGAGGCCUCCUGUCGCACUGUGGACGUUUGCGAUGUCAUUGCGCUUGCGUGCCGGAGUGGGGUGAUGUCGUAGGGUGAUGGCAGAAGGUCGUGAGUUUGUCCCGCCAGAGCAGCCCGAGGGAAGCGGCAGACUUUGUCUGAGGGCCGUGGGACCCGUCCUCGUUUUCUGUAUUUUCAGUGACAGACUAACCCUCUGAGACUUUCUGGCAUGAAAUGGUGCAGACUGUGGUCACCCUCCUUUUUCCCCUGGAGGCUGCCGCCUGUGUGGAGACCACAGGGCCCAGAAUGAAAUACCUGAGCGUUGUUUCUAUGGGCCUGUCUACUCAGCAGAGACAAACCUGCUGCUAGCCCAUGCCAUCUGACUUGGGCUCCUGGGGCUCGGGCUGUGGGGCUGUUUCAUGGCUGAGAAGAUUUCUGGGCUUGGGCUGCAGGACCCUGCAUGGUGGGAGGAUCCCAGAGCUUUGGCUCCAGCCUCAGCUCCGAAGUCUACCCAGCCAAGCCUCAUGAGCUCUGUAUGACAUGCUAAACUCCUUGGUCUGCUCAACCACCCUGCUCUGCAGGAAACCGCUAAGUGUGUGGUGAUAAAAUACACCCUGGAGCCGUCUGCUUUUCAACGUGCCCCUCAGUCUUCUCUCCCAAGGCACUUCACUCUGUGUCAUCCCGCCGCCUGGCAUUGUAACACUGUCUUUGUUCCCUAGGAUCUAGAGCUGUCUAAGGUAUAACCAUGAGUUCUCCUCUUUCCUCCCUGGGAAAGCACCGCAGAGUCCCACUGCAGCUACAGAGUCCAGGGAAAAGGACUCUCUCGUUUAAACUGAGUGCCCACAAUGAGGAUGAAGCUAUGCUGCUGAAUGACAUCCUGUCUCCUCGAACACAGAUUCCGGCGCAAGCCGUUUCCCCUUCCUGCUCAAAGGGAACGGCAACAAAAGCAAGUACCCAGGGGGCAGCUCCGACUGACAUGGAGCUCAUGUCCUCCAUGAUGCAAAAAAUUGCUUUGUUGGAACAAAAAGUAAAGAGCCAAGCACAAGAACUCCAGCUGAAGACUAGAAAGGCUGCUGAACUUGAGAAGCAGGUGAAGGCCCUUCAGAAAAGGAAUGAUUCCCCCGAGUCAAGCAGGACUGAGGAACUGGAAGCGAUGUGUCGUCAGCUGCAGAGUCGGGUUUGGGAAAUGGAGCAGUUUCUGAAUGAUUAUGGAUUGAUUUGGGUUGGAGAGAGGCAUGAACAGCUGGAAGAGUUGAAAUCAUUGACGAAGCAGGAAAAUCAAUCAUCAAGGAGCCUCUGGAAACCAGGCAACGCAACCGUGCCCAAGUACCGGAUCGAUCUGGAUUUAAUUUUGGAAAACCUGAAGGAGUUAAAUGUGCUGGCUGGGGAAGGCGUGUCUCGGAUCGAGCAUACUGCGGGGGGUGCCAGACUGAGGCAGCCAGAAGCGGUGUCCCUCACUUUUUAUCAGAAUGGGAUAGUCAUGUUCAAUGGACCCUUCCGGGCGUAUGACGAGCCGUCCACGCAGCAAUGCCUUCAGGAUCUCAUGGACGGCUAUUUUCCCUCCGAGCUACAGGCACGCUACCCGGAGGGCGUUCCUUUUCAGGUCACUGACAGGAGAGACGUUUUCUUUCGGGAGAGGCAGCUAUCGGAGAACUUUCCUGGCCAGGGGCAGGUAGUUGGUCAUUCGAGGUCGAGUGAGGUAAAGGAAACCAGUGAGAUCCCAGGUCCCAAGCUCUCACUGGAGCAGUUUCUGAACAAACUUCCUAAAUGCUUGGUCCAGAAGGGACACGUGAUUGACGUCCGAGGGCCAAUCAAAGAAACGCUGCAGGGCUCUGCUGGGACACGCAGCAAUGAAGUGAUCCUGGUGGAGACGCCCAUCCUGGGAGCACUGAAGGAGAGGUUGAAGGCAGGCAAACAGGCUCCGCCUCCAGCCACCAACAUUUCCACUCUCCGGAUCAAAUCUGAGAGCGGGGAGCAGACCUACAUUGUGACAAUGCUCUUCACAGAGACCAUCGGGGACCUGCGCCAGCACCUCGCCCAGGCUCGGGGUGGAGACAUCCGGCCGUACGAGAUCCUCAGCACCUUUCCGCAGCGGGUGUAUGCGGACAGCUCCAGGACCCUGCAGCAGUGUGGGCUGGUUCCCAACGCCUCCCUUCUGCUGCGCGAAAAGCCUCAGCUGAGCUCCUGGGCCCCACACACCAAGCAGUUUGCUUUCCUUUCAUCAGGGGCGCUGUGCACAGGCCGGGGGGUGCAGCCUCGCCCUUACUGA